AUGGUCUCAAUGUAUCGGAGCAUGCCACAUGGCAUGUGUCGAUACUGCAAGAAGUACGACCAUAUGAAGAAGGAGUGCCAAAAAUUGAUAAGAAAGAACAUGAAUGCUCACUGCAGUUCAAACGAUGAUGGAUGGGUUUUUGACUCUGGGAGUUCAGUUCAUGUUUGGUUUAAGAAAGAAUUUUUCCAUUCUUUCAAAGAAGUUCGCGGUACGAUAUCACUUGGUGAUGGGUCUUCAUGCGAUGUUAGAGAGACUGGAUCUCUGAAACUGAAGACGCCUGUUGGAGCAGUUCGUAUUUUGGAUGACGUAAACUUCGUUCCAAUGAUGCAAAGAAAUUUGAUCUCCCUUAGUCGGUUGGAUUCUAAGGGUUGUCAAAUCUCUGUCGCAGGUGGAGCUAUGGAGGUGACCUGA